UGUCCCCUUUAUUUAUUAGUCUGAGGGCUACAGCCCCCGUGCCCCCCACCCCCUUAAGCCGGCCCUUAGUACAGGCUACAGGGAUAUCCAUAGAAUAUCGUAAUAGAAGGAUAAUUGAAAAGUAGAGAUUUUUUCCUCUACAGAUUGACAGUACCGACAAUUUUUGUGAAAAAUAUUUUUUAGGUUAUGUUUUUAUAGGAAUUUAAAAAUGGAAAGUAAUUGUAAUAUAAAUGCUCAUAAUAUUUGUAGAAUUUGUUUAAAUAAAGAUUUGGCAAUGAAGUCUCUACUUGAGGAGAAUUUUAUAACCAUUUUUCAAGAAGUUACUACUUUGGAGUAUAUCGAAAAUGAUCGUAUGCCUAAAUCAAUAUGUUGUUACUGUGUGGAUAGUUUAAAACAUUUUAUUUCAUUCAGAUUACAAGCUAUAGAGAACGAUAAUUUGUUACGCAGAGUUAUAUCGGCACAAAACCCUAGUUAUUACAAAGAUGAAAGUAACGUUUAUUUGGAUGAUAUUUGUAUCAGUAAUGAAACUGAUGAAUACAAAAAUAAGUGUCAAGUUAUAGAGAAAAGUGCAACCAUAGUUCAAAAUGAAAGCCAUGCCAGAAACAAAUUUGAAUGUACUGUAUGUAACAAACAAGUUAAAACGAUCCAUUCUUUGCGAAGGCAUAUGAAAAUUCACUCUGGUAUUAAACCUUACAGUUGUACCUUAUGUGGAAAGAAGUUUUUAGAACAAGGCAAUCUAACAAAACACCUAAGAAAUCACAGCAAAGACAAGAAACAUCAGUGUAACGAAUGUGGUCUGCGAUUCUAUGAAAGAAAUAAAUUAAUGAUACACCUUAGGACUCAUACAGGGGAAAAACCAUUUACUUGCAAAAUAUGCAAUAGGGCGUUUGCUACACAUGCUCAGGUUCAAAUACACAUGAAGACACACACUGGAGAAAGACCGUACACUUGUGAUAUUUGCCAAAAAACAUUCCCAUACAGUGGCUCUUUAGACACUCAUAAAAAAAUCCACACCAACGAGCGUGCUUACAUUUGCAACGAUUGUGGAAGGUCAUUUACUCAGAAAGUCAAUUUAAUAGGACAUAUUAGAAGUAAACACACAAAUGAGUGUCCUUUCAUGUGCAGUGAGUGUGGACAGUCUUACCCAACUCGAGAACAAUUAAAAAAUCACUCUAGGCAUCACACCGGUCAAAAGAAACCACUUAUCCAUACUUGCAAAAUAUGCGGAAAAGCAUUUGCCUCGACGGGAGAAGUGAAAAUUCAUACUCGAAUUCAUACUGAUGAGAGACCUUAUCAGUGUGAUUUCUGUGGAAAAAAAUUUAGAGCAUCGUCACAUAUGACAUCACACAGGAGAAUACAUACUGGAGAGAAAAAUCACAAUUGUAGUUUUUGUGGCAAAGCAUUUAGGGAAUCUUCGACAUUGAAAAUUCACGUUAGGAUACAUACCGGGGAACGCCCCUACAAUUGUACAGUAUGUGGAAUGAAAUUUACUCAAAGCAAUACUCUCAGCGCGCAUAUGAAGACGCACGGACAUAUUCAAGAAAUUAAGUAGUAAUACUUAUCAUAAGAAAUAAGGAAAUAGAUAAUUUCUAAAAGCAUUAUAGAUUUUUAUUAAAUGAAUUCAAAGUAUUUGUGAAUCAUAUUUUGUUCUUGUUUCAAUCAAAGACCUAUAAUUAGCUGGGUGGAAUUU